UUUUUUUUUUAUCUCUCUUUAUACAAAAUAAAAAAAAUGUCUAGAACUGCCCCACCUCCAACUCUUGAUUUUAAUAUCAACGCUGAGCAAGUUGAAAAGUUAACAAGUGAUAUUAUUGAACAAGAACUUGCUGUUAAUGAUAAAGUGGCUAGUUUAAAGCCUGAAGAGCAGACCUAUGAAAACAUUGUUUUACCUUUAACUCGUAUUGAAAAUGAAUUGUCUGGCAAAGCACAAUUAGUCAGCUCAUUGAGUCAAUUUUCACCCGAUGCAGCCGUUCGUGAAGCAUCAGUCGCUGCAGAAACUAAGUAUGAACAGUUUAGUAUUGAUCAAAGUAUGCGACAUGACCUCUAUUCUGUCAUUUCAAACUACAUUUCAAAAACUGAUCUCGAUAAACUGGAGCAUGAAGACGCCCGUUUUCUUCGUAAGCUUGAACGUAACUAUCGUCGUAAUGGUCUUCAUCUUCCUGAAGCAAAGCGUGAUGAAUUCAAGGAAAUUCGUAAGCGCUUAAGUGAGACUUGUAUUGAAUUCAAUAAGAACUGGGCUCGUGAAAGUAGCACUGUUAAAUUCACUAAGGAUGAAUUAGAGGGACUUGAUGAAGACUUUUUAAAUGGGUUAAAGACUGAAGAAGAAGAUGGUGUAACCAAAUAUGUUUUGACCAUGAAAUAUCCUGAUGUUCGUCCUGUUCUCAAGUUAUGUAAGAAUGAAAAUACACGUAGAGUACAUUAUACCGCAUAUGAAUCACGUAAUAAAGAAAAUAUUGUUUUGCUUGAAGAGGCUCUUAAACUUCGCCGUAAGGCUGCUAAGAUUCUGGGCUACAAGUCUCAUGCUGAUUUUGUCAUUGAAGUUAAAAUGGCCAAGACUGUUGAAGCUGUCGAAACUUUCUUGAAUGAUUUGGCCACAAAAUUACAUGAGCCAGGCUUGAAGGAAAUUGAAGUACUUAAAGAACUCAAAAAGGCUGAAAAAGCUUCUCGUGGUGAGGAGUAUGAUGGAACCUUUAAUGCUUGGGAUACAAGCUAUUAUGAACGUAUUCUUCUCGAAAAUGAAUACGCUGUGGAUCAAGAGAAAAUCAAACAAUAUUUUAGCUUAGAAACUACAAUUCAAAAAAUGUUGGAAAUCUAUGAAAAGGUUUUAGGCCUUAAAUUUGUAAAAGUGCCUACUGAAAAGGCUGUUGUUUGGCAUCCUGAUGUUCAAUUGUUUGAAUGUUGGGAUGAUGUUGAAGACAAGAGCUUUUCAGGAUAUAUGUAUCUUGAUUUAUUCCCUCGUGAUAACAAAUAUCCUCAUGCCGCUUGUUUCCCACUUCAACCCUCCUAUAUCGCUGAAAAUGGAGAACGUGUUGCUCCUAUUGCUGCUAUGGUAGCUAACUUUACUAAGCCUACUGCAGAGAAGCCAUCUUUGUUAAAACAUGAUGAAGUUGUUACUUUAUUCCAUGAAUUGGGUCAUGUCAUGCAUCAUUUAUGUUCUCGUACAAAGUAUGCAAGAUUCCACGGCACUUCAGUUGAAGGUGAUUUCGUUGAGGCUCCUUCUCAGAUGUUAGAAAAUUGGUGUUAUGAUCCCAAAUCACUCAAGUAUCUUAGUGCACAUUUCGAAACUGGAGAACCUAUUUCUGAUGAAAUUAUUGAGCGUAUUGUUAAAGCUAAGAAUGUGGAUGCUGCUAUGCUUAAUCUUCGUCAAUUAUUCUUUGGUAUCUAUGAUAUGACAAUCCAUACCGCUGAAGAUGAAAAUGUGGAUACAACCAAGGUUUAUAACGACCUCCGAAAGAAGAUUUCAUUGAUUUCUGCUCCUGAGGGCACUUACGGUCAAGCAGCAUUUGGUCAUUUAAUGGGUGGUUAUGAUGCUGGUUAUUAUGGCUAUAUGUGGUCUAAAGUUUUCUCCAGUGAUAUGUUCUUCAGUAAGUUCGUAGAAGACACACUCUCUCCUGAAGUAGGUUACUCUUAUCGUAAGAACAUUCUUGAAAAGGGCAGUAGCAAAGAUGGUAUGGAUCUCUUGAAAGCCUUCCUUGGUAGAGAGCCUUCCUCUGACGCCUUCAUGAGAGAAGAUAUUGGUAUUGAUAAUUAGAUGGUUAGUUUUUUAAGUUACUUGUGCGUUUUUUUUUCUCUCUCUCUUUAAAUAAAACUUUAUGUACAUGUACAAAGAUAAAAUAU